CCCAGUGGCGGAAGGAGCAUGGCGUGGAGACUGCUGAAAAAGCGGGCCCAGGAUGCUGUGGUCAUCCUGGGGGGCGGAGGACUUCUCUUCACUUCCUACCUGACGGCCAUGGGGGAUGAACAUUUCUAUGCUGAACACUUGAUGCCAGCUCUGCAGAGGCUGCUGGACCCGGAGUCAGCCCACAGGCUGGCCAUUCAUUUCACCUCCCUGGGGCUCCUUCCUCGUGCCACAUUUCAAGACUCUGACAUGCUGGAAGUGAGAGUCCUGGGCCAUAAAUUCCGAAAUCCAGUUGGAAUUGCUGCAGGAUUUGAUAAGCAUGGGGAAGCUGUGGAUGGACUUUACAAGAUGGGCUUUGGUUUUGUAGAGAUCGGCAGUGUUACUCCAAAACCUCAGGAAGGAAACCCCAGACCCAGAGUCUUCCGCCUCCCAGAGGACCAAGCUGUCAUUAACAGAUAUGGAUUUAACAGUCACGGACUCUCGGUGGUGGAACACAGGUUGCGGGCCAGACAGGAGAAGCAGGCCAGGCUCACAGAAGGGGGGCUACCACUGGGAAUAAACCUGGGGAAGAAUAAGACCUCCGUGGACGCUGCUGCGGACUACGUGGAGGGGGUUCGAGUCCUGGGUCCCUUGGCCGACUACCUGGUAGUGAACGUGUCCAGUCCGAACACCACUGGGCUACGGAGCCUUCAGGGAAAGGCUGAGCUGCGCCACCUGCUGACCAAGGUGCUGCAGGAGAGGGACGCCCUGCAGGGAGCACGCAAACCGGCUGUGCUGGUGAAGAUCGCACCUGACCUCACAGCCCAGGACAAGGAGGAUAUUGCCACUGUGGUGAGAGAGUUGGGCAUCGAUGGACUGAUCAUCACGAACACCACAGUGAGCCGCCCCGCUGGCCUCCAGGGUGCCCUGCGCUCUGAAACAGGAGGGCUGAGUGGGAAGCCCCUCCGGGAUUUAUCAACUCAGACCAUCCGGGAGAUGUAUGCACUCACCAAAGGCAGAGUCCCCAUCAUUGGGGUUGGCGGUGUCAGCAGUGGGCAGGAUGCCCUGGAGAAGAUCCGGGCGGGGGCCUCCCUUGUGCAGCUGUACACGGCCCUCACCUACCGGGGGCCGCCCGUGGUGGGCAGGGUCAAGCGGGAGCUGGAGGCCCUUUUGAAGGAACAGGGUUUUACGAGAAUCACAGAUGCCAUUGGAGCAGACCAUCGGAGGUGAGGAUGUUUUCAAUAAGAAGCCUGAUCUGGAAUCUCCCCACUAAAUGAGAUGGGUCUUUGUGGCUGGAUUGAGAGAGGAGAGCCACAUCCCCCAAACCACGAGAGCCCUUCCUCCAGCCCAACUGUAAACCCAGUCAGGAGCAUCACCAGAAUCAAUACGAGGCUUUCUUUAAUCACUUGUCGGACCGUGAACUGCAUUCGUGAGUCUUUCUAAACUCAAAUCCCUUUAAUAUUGCAAGGACGUUAAAUAUUUGAGGGAAAAAAAUCAUAGAAAAAAUAAAGCCAUUUAAAACCUGUAUUUAAGGGUGCUUGGGUGGCUCAGUCGGUUAAGCGUCCGACUUCGGCUCAGGUCAUGAUCUCAAGGUCUGUGAGUUUGAGCCCCACAUCGGAUUCUGUGCUGACAGCUCAGAGCCUGGAGCUUGCUUCCAAUUCUGUGUCUCCCUUUCUCUCUGCCCCUCCCCUGUUUGUGCUCUCUUUCUCUCUCAAAAAUAAAUAAUAGGCAUUAAAAAAAAAAGUUUAAAACCUGGAUUUAAAUCCCAGCCCUCAGUGAGGGCCACGGGCCUCACAUAGACGCUGCAGGGCCUUCUAGGCCUCUGCUGCCUGGGGUUGGCUGUGGGUCCAAGGAGCUUGACUCUGUUUAAUUCUGCCUUUACUUUUAUUUAAGUUUUUGACUUUACUUGAAAAUAUUUCAAACACAGAUAAAGUUGUAAGAAUAGGGCUUGAGGGUGGCCAUCCUCUGUCUUCACACUGCCUUCCCUCUGUGAGUCCGGCUCCUCAUCUUUUCUUAGAAGGACCCCAGUCAUGUUGCAGUGGGCCCUGCCCCGCUGACCUCAACUUAAUUUGAUGACCUUGGUAAAAACCGUGUCUCCAAAUAAGAGCACUUUCUGAAGUUCUAGGGGGUUAGGAUUUUAGUAUGUCAGUUUUGGGGAGACACAAUUCAGCCCAUCACAGGAAAGUGUGCUUGCUGUGCCCCUUCUUUAUUAUCUGUGGCUUGGGGUGCCAUUGGGCAGACAGCUUCUCAAGGUGCUUGAAGACAUUAGACAAGAUGUGAAAGAGGUGUAGUCGUUAACUGAAGAGAGAGCAGUGCCGGUCUUUUCCAUACCGGAAAGCAAAUGGGGAAGAGGGGCUGGAAACCUUAUCUAGGAAGCGCUGUUGAUGUGUGGCAUGCCCUCACAGCCAGCAGAGAAUUACCUUUGUUCCCAUCACCUCAGUACAGAUUUUUAUUCUAAAUUUGAUUUCUCGGUAGCUCUGUGAGAGGCAUGGAACUAUAACAGGGGUAACAUGUUUUGUUGCCUCAUCAUUUAAUCUUGGCCUCCGCCUGUCCCUCCUUGUGUUCGCUCACUCUGCCACAAAACCAGCAGCCAGUCUCCUGCUGUCCUUUUCAAAGAUCGUUCACCUGUUUUGACUUGUUUUUUUUAACUUUUUAAAUUUAUUUUUUAAAUGUGUAUUUAUCGAGAGAGAGAGAGAGAGAGAGAGAGAGAGAGAGAAUCCCAAAUAGGCUCUGUGCUUAUCAAGAGUCAGCUGCUUAACUGACUGAGCCACCCAAAUGCCCCCUUUUUUUCUUUUUAAAAAAAUAACCCCCAAAUAAAAGUUGUGUACCUCUCUUCCCUCUUAAAUAAUUCCAUUUUCCACAGGUAAUCACAGAUAACUUUUGUAUCUAUCUUACUAGAUGUUUCCAGAUAUUUUUCUUUUUAUUAUAUACAAACACAUGUAAUCCAUAGCUAUCUUUUUAUGUAUCUGCAUACUUAUGCAUAGAAAAAAUUUAGGAGAACUGUUUUUUAAUACCAAAUGAUAUGAGAGUAAAUUUAAAUUUGCUGGUCUGAUUCU